AUAACUCGAUAAAAACUCUAUCGAGAAUCAGAAAACUGAAAACCAUACCCGAACCCAAAUUUGUUCUCCUCCUCCACCCAAAUAGCUCAAAUUUUGGAACGUGCCGUUUCAGUUUGCCCCCGCUCCUUUUACUUGAGCAUCAAGACGGGACACAAUUAAUGCAAGAUAUUGCGGUCGAUUCUUGUUUGCUCAAAAGAACAACCUAGACAUACACAAGAUCAGUUUCAACCGCCAUACGUCUCAGCCCCCGGCCUGCAACAUCAUCAGACUCUCCACAAAGUCGGUCACAAAGGAAGAAAUUAACGUACACUUUAUCUCAUAAACUCAUUUAAAAGUCUUUACGUGGCCAAAUGUUGAGUUGGGUUUUCAUCAUUGUGUUCAUGGCAUUCUCUCCCUCGGCUUCCAAGAAGAAAGGAGACUUCGAUCUGUUGAAGUGUUCAAAAGUUGAUGUUGGGAAGAAAGAAAACGAGCUGAAGUUACCUACAGGCUAUAGGUUUUCUCCGGACGAUGAUGAGUUAGUUCUGUUUUACUUGGUUAACAAAAUUCUAGGUCGAACACUACCCAUAACUGAUGUUAUCAAAGAGAUCGAUUUAUAUGAGAAUGAUCCGGAUCAGCUGCCUCUAGAUGAUUACAGACAUGGUACCAAGUGCAACGAAGCCUAUUAUUUCACCAAUGUUGAACAAAUUUACAGUAGCGAAGGGAAGGUCACCAAGAGAACCACAAAGGGUGGUUACUGGAAGGUAACUAGUGAGGGAAAACAGGUUAUAUAUGGAGACGACAAAGUAGUUGUUGGGUUUAAAACCUCUAUGUUAUUCAAUAAAGGACAUGUUCCAGCACCGAAAGGGAGCAUAAGUUCCUUUGUCAUGCAUGAGUACAGAGUUAAUCCCAGCAUAGUUCCUGUUGAUGUGCUUAAUGACAGCAUAAGGGCAAAGAUUGAGAGAUUUGUGGUAUGCAAAAUUGUAAGCAAAGAGGCUAGUCCUGCAUAUAAACUUCCGCCAGAACUGCUUAGCCAUGGAGAAGAUGCAAAAUCAAAUUGAUAUGGCAGAAUUAGUGCAUGCUGGCUUUAUAUUAGGACCAAUUUUGGCACAGUUAGUCCUGGUUUUAAGUUUCUGAGUCUUGAUGUAAAGCAAGUUGCUUAGUCUUUUUCGAUAGACAGAAAAAUAAAUGAGUCCUCCAUAUACUAUA